AUGCUAGACCCUUCAUCAAGAUUAAGAAAUGCCGUAAUAUCUGGCAAUCUUGCCAUAGUCAAGCGGAUACUUUCGCGCUUUCCAGACUUGUGGCUCAAUGUCGACCCUAACCAUCAGGGAUGGUCCAAUCUACAUUAUGCCUCUUAUCACGGUCAUUACUUGAUAUGUUUCCAUUUAAUCACCUUCAUCAACAAGACGUUGGGCAAUUUGCAAAAUGAAUACACUACAUUGGAUUUAUUGACUUUUGACAACUUGAACGUGCUUCAUUUAUGUAUGGAACAUCAUCAUUCACAAACUUUGCAUUAUUUAUUACAGGAAUUCCCGGGUAAAAUAUGGCUCAACUCAUUGGGCGGAGAGCAUAAACAAUCUGCGUUGCAUUACAGUUGCAAAUACGACUUUAAAGAGGGAACCAACUUGUUGUUGGAAUUUGGCGCCAAUUACCAAUUACUUGACGCCAAUGGAGAUACCUGCCUACAUUUGUGUUUUCAAUACGGCAGUCGAGAUUGCUUGUGUGAGAUUUUGAAUUACAUUAUUGCCGAGUCCAAGGACAAAAGGUCGGCGCAAAUGGCAUUGGAGACUCUUGAAAAGGUCAAAAACUUUAAUGGAUGGAUUGCAAAGGAUUUUGCUUCCAGUUUUGAAUUGAUUCAACAGUAUGAAGUGAUAAAGAACCGGAGCUUGGCAAAUUUUGAUUUUGCAACGCCGCCACAAAUGAAACAUCAACUUUGGUUGGAUUCGGCGAAAGCCAAUAGCUCGUCACAAGUGUCCUUGGAGGAGAAUAAGGUAUUGACUAGCCCGAUUGCACUGAUGUCUAUACAGCUGCAAAAUCUGCAACAGCUGUUGCGACCGCAGUACAGGAGACAGCAUUCGCAAUCGUUGCCGAAUGAACACAAGACAUCGCCGAACGACCUGAUUCAGCCCACUUCUAGACAAAGAUCAAACACUGCGGUUAAUAACAAGCCUACACCACUAAACAUUUCAACGAAAACAUCACAUACAUCCUUGCAGGGUAGCUCUAUUGGGCUGAUACACGGAAUGGUUGCACCAUUGACUCCAUUGAACCCGCCGAAGACACCAUCGAUCAAGUCGGUCACAAUAUCACCGGUAGCAGCUGACCUAGGGGUCUCAAGUAUUGAUAAAGAGAAAGAGUUGGAUUCUCCGCAAUCAGUGUCUAGUGGUUCGUCGUAUUUUGCACAACCAGGUGACCAUCAAUACAUCACAAACACAAGAGCACGCAAACCCUCAUUUUCAAAAUCAUCGGUAUUACCCUCGAUAAGUUCACCCGUAACUAAUUUAUACACAGAAAGUCCAAAUCUGCAGCAGGUGGCCUCGCCAAGCAUGCAAAUACAACAGAAUGAAUUAAAGCCAAUUCGUACGUCGUCAAGCUCUUCAAUUGCAGCUAAGGUAGCUUUUAAUUCCAGUAGAUCAUCAUUACAAAACCUGUCUGAUGCUAGCCCAGUCAAAACAAGACCGAGAUCUUCUUCGCGACAGCAUUCUAACCUCAGCAAUAGCCGAGUCAACAGUUUCAAUAGUACAUCAAGUGCAAACAGUGUCACUUACAGCAUACCACAGGGGUCUUCAAUGUCAAACAGUUCCGGUUCAAGUUAUGAGACAGUGCAUCGAAUUACAGAUGGCAUAGAGAGAAACGAAGCAAGCACGGGAAAUUCAAAGUCUAGUAUAAACGACUUUGUAUUGCGGAAAUCAAGGUCGUCUGGCACGUUACCUUCAACUAUUCCAAAGAAUAAUGGACAUCAUGUAUUUACAAACAAUGCCGGGAAUUUGAGUCUUACGUCGUUAAACAGCAACAAUGAGUACGACAAAAAAACUUCGGUAAGUAGCAUAACUUUUAGUCGUGUUAGAUAG